AUGUUUUUUGCUGCCGCCGCUGCUUCGACGCGUGUCGCCCGCCCGGUCUCCGCUGCGCGCCCGCUCGCGUCCAUGCUGAGUCGUGGCCUCGCCACGCAGACUGACGCCCCUACGUCUGCCUACAACAAGCAGAAGGACGCGGACGGCAAGUACACCGUGACGCUGUUCCCUGGUGACGGUAUUGGCCCUGAGGUAUCGGGUGCCGUGCGCGAGAUUUACCGUGCCGCUAACGUUCCGAUCAAGUGGGAAGAGGCGGACGUGACGCCCUCGAUCAACCACGAGGGCAAGCAGGUCAUCCCGGAGGAAACGGUCCAGUCGGUGCGCCGCAACACGGUCGCCCUCAAGGGACCCCUGGCGACGCCUGUCGGCAAGGGCCACGUCUCGUUGAACCUGACGCUGCGCCGCACGUUCAACCUCUUUGCCAACGUGCGCCCUUGCGUGUCUGUCAAGGGCUGUGAGACGCCGUACGAGAACGUCAACACGGUGCUGAUCCGUGAGAACACCGAGGGCGAGUACUCGGGCAUCGAGCACGAAGUCGUGGAUGGUGUCGUGCAGAGCAUCAAGCUGAUCACAUACGAUGCCUCGGAGCGUGUGGCUCGCUACGCUUUCCACCACGCCCGCCAGAACAACCGCUCGCGCGUCACGGCUGUGCACAAGGCGCCGAUCAUGAAGAUGACCGACGGUAUGUUCCUCAACGCGUGCCGCAACGUCGCCAAGGAGUACCAAGAUAUCGAAUACGAUGAGGACCUGCUUGACCGCGCAUGCCUGCGCAUCGUGCGUGACCCUGAGCCAUUUGCCGACACGGUCAUGGUCAUGCCCAACCUGUACGGUGAUAUCCUGUCCGACAUGUGCGCCGGUCUGAUUGGUGGUCUCGGUCUGACGCCUUCUGGCAACAUUGGCCGCGACGCCUCGAUCUUUGAGGCCGUGCACGGCUCGGCUCCCGACAUUGCUGGCCAGGACAAGGCCAACCCCACGGCUCUGCUUCUCUCGUCGAUCAUGAUGCUUCGCCACAUGAGUCUCUUUGAGCAUGCCGACAAGAUCGAGCGUGCCAUCUUCGAGACCAUCGCCGCUGGCGAGCGCACCGGUGAUCUUGGCGGUAAGCUCGGCACACGCGCCUUCACGGAAAGCAUCAUCUCGCGUCUGUAG